AUGGUGGGAGCUGAUGGUGGUGGUGGUGGUGCUAGGGUUUCGAUUCCGGCGAAGACUCGGAAGACGAUUCAGAACAUAAAGGAGAUCACAGCUGGGAACUACAGUGAGGAGGAGAUUCACGCAAUGCUCCUUGAAUGCAAUAUGAAUCCCGAUGAGGCUACUCAAGGCCUUCUUCUUCAGGGAACUCCUUGGAAUCUUGUUAGAGACAGGAUCAAGAAGACUUACCCUACAAUUCAGCUUACAGCAUGGACGGUAAGGUUUUUUUUUCCCAUUGUGGGAUGGGUAAACUACAAGUAUGUGCCAUUGCACUUUCGAGUCAUCUUGCACAGCCUCGUUGCAUUCUUUUGGAAUCUUCCUGACCCUGCGAGCAAGGUCAAUGACACUAGCUUUGGCAAAGUCUAA